AUGAUCAAAAAGACCCUGCUUUCAACCACUCUUUUUAUCUUUGCUCUAAUCGGAGAUGUGAGAUCUCAGGAUGUUAUUCUGGAAAAUAACAACGCAAAUAGUACCGAAUUUGAUCAAGAUCGCAUUUUUGGGGAGAUAUUUAAUUCUACAAGUGUAAAUUUAACAGAAACUCCGCUAAUUUUGCCAUUUGAAAUCGCUAGUCUCAAUAUAUCUGGCUUUAGAAACCUUCGUGCAAAGAAAGAGCGAAGGAGAUAUAACUGCUCUUUCAAUUGUAUCAUUUCUGAUUUGGAUGGAUCAUUGGCUGUAGUUGGCUCAAAUUUUAUUGCUGAAUCGAAUUCAAUCAUAUUCGGAAAUAUUCUUUCAUCAAAUAUCCAAUUCUUCCCGGCUACUGGUAAAUCAUUCACGAGUUCAAUGAAGUUUAUUACUAAUGGUCUUAAAAACCCAGUUUUUACCGGAUUCCCAGGUGUGUAUUACAAUGGUGCUCUCGUUUUUGGUCCAGGUGGUAUUAAGGAUGUUUUGUACGAAACGAGAAUCAGUUCGGCAGAUGCAUUAGAAAUUAUUAAAUAUGUUAAAAAGUUUGCAGUCUCAAAUGGGAAAACAUUAAGAUUUGAAUCUAGCAAAAAUGGGAAUUCUCAAUAUGUUAAGAUUUCGAAUAAUGAAGAUAAAGAUGAUGAACCUGCUGAUUCGCUUCGCCUUUUAAAUAUUGCAAUCGAAAAUUCUAGUGGUUUAUAUGUCGAUGGUUUUGAAGGUGAGAACAUGAAAGAGUAUAUGAACCAAGAAAUAGACAGUAUGGUCCAUAAAGGGGUUAAUUUGUCCAAGUUUUUGGAACCAAGAGAAGGCGAAAAAAUUAAGGGAAUAUUUAAAAUUGUUAUUGUGGAGAGCCCCAACGUGUUAUUGUAUCUGAGAGAGCAUUUAGAAACAUUCGUUAAAAUGUAUGGCUGCAAGAUCUACAGAUCAGUACCAAACAUGCUGGAAAUUAUUCCUCAAAAUGCUUCAAAACUUCAUGGCGCCAAACUCAUUCUGAAAAAACUUAAACUGAAGUUCCAUCAAGUAGCAUAUUUGGGUGAUGGUGAGAAUGAUGUAGAGAUCAUGUCCAAAGUUGGUUUCCCCAUUGCAACUAUGGGGUCAUCUCCUGCAGUUUCCUAUGUAUCUAGGGCUGUCCAGACAUUUUCGCCCGAGGCCAGUUUUGCUGGUUUAAUCGGUGAAUACUGUGAAGCCGAAUGUAGUAAGAAAAAAAAUUAA